CAGUCCCAUACAGACGCGGCCUCGGUAGACGUCUGCUGGUCUGGGCUCUGAAUGUGAUCUCACUCAGCUGCAGGCCCGUCGGCUUUGCUUUUUCUUCACCAUGCUGGCCACCAAGCGCACGCCGGGACAGGCUGACAUAGAUGGCGACAAACCCGUGGCGAAGAGAAGUAACAGUCUCAGCUACAACGCCCAUGCACCCUGGCUACAGGACUCCAGGCCUUCUCGGACAUGGCGGACUUUGGGUGAUCGUGGAGUACGGUCUUCACUGCCAUUAGAAAACAUGGUGUCGACUGUACGAGACCUGAUCGACCCUGACUUUGAUCCACUGAUCGCCAUUCUCGACGACGAACCGCGCUUCUUGAAGCCGCUCCCGGAUCGUAUCCCGCCGGAGGAUUUGGAGUUCCUGCGCUUUCGCGGGGCUCUGUCGGUUCCGGAGACUGGUCUGCGAAAUGAACUCCUGCGAUGCUAUAUCAAAUGGGUGCAUAGCUUCAUGCCGGUGGUAAACCUACAGGAAUUCCUGCGGUCCGUUGCCGAAAACGACCCCAACGGGAAUAUCAGCCUCUUGCUUUUCCAAGCUGUGAUGUUUGUGGCGACGGCUUUCAUAGACUUCCACCAUCUGCAGGCUGCUGGGUUUGCAACUCGGAAAAGUGCACGGAGUGCGUUCUUUACGCGGCUGAGGCUCCUUUACUCACUUGACUGCGAAGACGAUCGAAUAGUUAUUCUGCAGACUCUGUUGCUCAUGACCUAUUGGUCCGAUCAUCAGAAUCAUCCACAACGAGAUAUUUGGGACUGGAUUGGAGUUUGUAAUAUACAUGCACAUUCGAUAGGACUCAACAGAGACCCCGCGGCUUCCACAAUGGAUACGAGGACGAAGCGGUUGAGGACUCGUAUAUGGUGGAGCUUGUACUCGCGAGACCGGCUCAUUGCUAUGGGAUUAAGACGGCCAACCCAGGUCAAUGAAGGCACAAGUAACGUUCCCAUGCUGAGGCUGGAGGAUUUUGAUUUCGAGCCGUUCCACCCCGCCGUGGUGGAGAUGUUUCAUUGCCGUCAGCUGGAAGAUUCCAACCACCAAAAGCGUUUGGCAAUCAUGUUCAUGGAGAAAGCUAAGUUAUGCCAAUGCAUUGGAAGAGUGUUGUUCGCCCAAUAUACACCAUCUCAGUGCCAGUUUGGCGUGUCGACCCGAACAACCAUCAGCCUGGUCCCCCGACAGGCGUCGGAAUCGGAGCUGGCACGAUGCAGCCAGCGACUGGAAUCCUGGCUGAGCGCUCUGCCAAAGGACGCACAGUUCAUUCCCGCGUCCCGAAACAAUUUCCAUGAUGGAGAGGAUGUCCUCCUUCUCCAUGGAGCCAUGAUACGAAUGUUGUAUCACGCUACCACGAGUGCGUUGUACCGCCCCUGGGCAUUUACGCCCAGCAAGGACCGGUCCAAAUCCCGUCUCGACUUGGUCAAAACCGCGCAAUCAAAGAUGCACGAUGCCGCUGUCGGAAUUACACAUAUAAUACAAGGUCUGAACCAGCUCAACCUCACCCGAUUCCUACCUCAAUCUGGGGUUACCGUCAUUAUCCCGGCCGCCGUGGCUCAUCUGACGAACUCCUUGUCUGGCAAUCCUGCAACUCGGGAAUCCAGCCUCUAUAACUUCCAACGGUGCAUCCAGGUGCUACAGGGGCUGAAGGACAUCUACCCUGCAGCGGACAUGGAGGUGGCUAAUAUAGAAGCUGCGGUCAAGCUACAGUCCGAUAGCACGAACUCAUUAUUUCGGAUCAUGCAAUUCACCGACUCCUCCAGUACUCAGGCCCAGCCACAGCCCCAAGUCCAACCCCGAAAGCAGAGUUUCAUGUCAAACCCACACACCUUAUCUUCAUCAGAUGACCGAGUCUCGAACCACUGGACUCCCCCUCAAGACGACCCCUCCCCCACCAGCAAUCCCAAACAAACCGUCCCACAAACUGUCCCUCAUACCAGCAGUCCAACACAGCAAGCCCAGAUCCGCAGACCCAGCACCGCAGCCUCUGCCACCUUCCCUAACCCCAACAACCCCCUUUCAAACAAAACCGAACCUACGCCUCCUAACGACUUUGACGACCCCUUCAAUCUUUUCAACGAUAAUCACGCUAUAUCACCCCAUAAUGCGCGAUCCAAGUCUAAUACAACCCCGCUUUUCAACCCAACCGACUCCUUCCCCUUCGAUCUGGAGCUAGACCUUGACACAUUCGCCGCCGACUUUCCCCAGAACCCCAAUCCCAACGCCGAAACUCCCACAGGGAUCAACGUAGAUUGGGCCGACGGACCUUUUCGAUGGACUUCCCCAAGCCGUGGAGACCCUCGGCCGAAUGACAAUAUUAGCAGCAGCAAUAAUUACGAGGAUCCGUUCUCCCUUUUCCCGGGCAAUAUAGGUGGAGCUAAUGAUAGCCAUACCCCAGCGCAAAGAUCAACGAGCCAUGUUACGGGCGAUAUCACGGGCGAUCUAGAUCGGGAUUUGGGGUUUGAGGACGAGAUUUUCUAGGCUAGGAACUGGGUUUCUUAAAUUGCGGCAUGUGUUUGAUGUGGAACAGGAUGAUGUCGGAGCGUUUUUGUAAAUACUAUAUAUAGAUCCGGCAUCUGCACUUUGCCGUACCUUCAAGGCGAAAUCG